AAAGGCCCCGGCUGUUUGUGUCGGUACUGAAGCCACUAUUCCAGCCGAUGGGUCGAGAUACUCGCUCGCGCUCACGGUCUGCCGGUCUUAGGGGCCGAAGGCGACGGAGCCGCAGCAGAAGUCAAAGCCGGAGCCGAAGUCGGAGCCGGAGCUAUGGGCGGCGAAACCGGCGGCGCCGGGAGGAAGAGCAACGGCGUAGACGGAGGCGGUGGAGCCGAGAGCGUAGAUCAGAUUCCGAGGAAGAACUGUGGCAGCGGCCAGGGAGGCACAGCCAGAGCUCCCCACCAGCACGAUGGCACUCAAGGGACCAGUCCUCUCAGUCUGACUCAGGCGAGGAACAGCAGCGGGGCUCAUGGGCUUACCACCAGCGAUCUCCAGGCUCUUCAGGGUCCAGCUCUGCAUCCCCAGCACGCUCCCAGAGUCCCCGGGCUGCAGCAGCCUCCCUGAGCCAGCAGCAGAGCUUGCAGGAGCGGUUACGGCUGCGUGAGGAGCGGAAGCAACAGGAAGAACUGAUGAAGGCCUUUGAGACACCUGAGGAGAAGCGUGCCCGACGGUUGGCCAAGAAGGAGGCCAAGGAGCGGAAGAAGCGGGAGAAGAUGGGCUGGGGCGAGGAGUACAUGGGCUAUACCAAUACAGACAACCCCUUUGGGGACAACAACCUGCUGGGUACCUUUAUCUGGAACAAGGCCUUGGAGAAGAAGGGAAUCAGCCAUCUGGAAGAGAAGGAGCUGAAGGAGCGGAACAAGAGAAUACAGGAAGACAAUCGGCUGGAGCUGCAGAAGGUGAAGCAGCUUCGGCUAGAGCGGGAGCGGGAGAAGGCCAUGCGGGAGCAGGAGCUGGAGCUAUUACAGCGCGAGAAGGAAGCAGAGCACUUCAAGACUUGGGAAGAGCAAGAGGACAACUUCCACCUCCAGCAGGCCAAGCUGCGCUCCAAGAUCCGCAUCCGGGACGGGCGAGCUAAGCCCAUUGACCUGUUGGCCAAGUACAUUAGUGCUGAGGAUGACGACCUGGCUGUAGAGAUGCAUGAGCCCUACACCUUUCUCAAUGGGCUCACUGUAGCUGACAUGGAGGACCUGCUGGAGGACAUCCAGGUGUACAUGGAGCUGGAGCAGGGCAAGAAUGCUGACUUCUGGAGGGACAUGACCAUCAUCACCGAGGACGAGAUCUCUAAGCUUCGAAAGCUGGAGGCCUCAGGCAAAGGGCCAGGUGAGCGCCGCGAGGGGGUCAAUGCCUCGGUAAGCUCAGACGUGCAAUCGGUCUUCAAGGGGAAGACGUAUAGCCAGCUGCAAGUCAUCUUCCAGGGUAUCGAGGGCAAGAUCCGGGUUGGUGGCCCCAACCUGGACAUGGGAUACUGGGAAAGCCUGCUGCAGCAGCUUCGUGCCCACAUGGCCAGAGCCAGGCUCCGUGAGCGCCACCAGGAUGUGCUGCGGCAGAAGCUGUACAAGCUGAAACAGGAGCAGGGUGUGGAGAGUGAGCCACUGUUCCCCAUCCUGAAGCAGGAGCCACAGUCCCCCAGCCCCAGCCUGGGAGCCGAGGAUGUAGCCCCUACCUCACAGGGGCCCUCAGAGGGAGGCCCCGUGGAGCCCGAAGCAGAUGAGGCGGCACCAGUAGAGGGCGAGGGUGAAGGUGAGGGUGAGGCAGUGCUCAUGGAAGAGGACCUGAUCCAGCAGAGCCUGGAUGACUAUGACGCUGGAAAGUACAGCCCACGGCUGCUCACAGCGCAUGAGCUACCCCUGGAUGCACAUGUGCUGGAGCCUGACGAGGACCUGCAACGCCUGCAGCUGUCACGCCAGCAGCUCCAGGUCACAGGUGAUGCCAGUGAGAGUGCAGAGGACAUCUUCUUCCGGCGUGCCAAGGAGGGCAUGGGCCAGGACGAGGCGCAGUUCAGCGUGGAGAUGCCACUGACGGGCAAGGCCUACCUGUGGGCCGACAAGUACCGGCCCCGCAAGCCGCGCUUCUUCAACCGCGUGCACACGGGCUUUGAGUGGAACAAGUACAACCAGACGCACUACGAUUUUGAUAAUCCCCCACCCAAGAUUGUGCAGGGCUACAAGUUCAACAUCUUUUACCCUGACCUCAUUGACAAGCGCUCCACGCCAGAAUACUUCCUGGAGACCUGCGCAGACAACAAGGACUUCGCUAUUCUCCGCUUUCAUGCCGGGCCACCCUAUGAGGAUAUCGCCUUCAAGAUUGUCAACCGCGAGUGGGAGUACUCUCACCGCCAUGGCUUCCGCUGCCAGUUUGCCAAUGGCAUCUUCCAGCUCUGGUUCCACUUCAAGCGCUACCGCUACCGGCGGUAACAGUUGCUGGGGAACAAUGGUACCUUCAGGGGACAAUGGACAGGUGUCCUUGGAAAUGUAAAUAAAGGGGGCUUGGUGAAGCUGGCAGGCACUCCAGAGCCACCAUCUGCCCUGCAGAGUCAUGCCUGCCAUGUUUAAAAGCCACAUCCCACCUCAGAUGACCUUCCCCUCACCUGGCCUCAGUUUCCCCCAUGUGAAAUGGGGAUCACUGUAGAACCUGCCUCAGAGAGUUGAGGGCUGCUGGGACAGGCUGGCCCAAGGGCCUCACAUGUCAGGGGCUGCUAGUGACAUCUUCAGAGCCCUCUCUGUCUGGGUGGGCAUCUGGGGCCCAAGACCCACUGUGCCACCCUCAGAGUCUAAGGAGGAAGCCAGACCCCGGCCUCUCAAACUGCAUCUGAUCCCUGCAUGUGCCUGCCCCAAGUCCCACCUCUGAUAACUUCACAGAGCAUUGGUUGGCCCUCAGACAGUGGCUACUAGUCCAGCAGUGCCAGGGCCCACCCCCUCAGGCCAUACCUGCUCAGGAGCCCCCAACAGCAGGAACUGGACCCUUCCUGUAUGUUCCAGAAGAGACUGGGAAUAUCCAAGCUCUAUAGCAACUGAGCCCCCCACAGCUCUUCCUGGUGCUGGUGGUUGGGUCAGUCUCCCCUGUCCAGGUUGGUGUAAAGGAUGUAUAAUCGUCCACCAUCAGGGUCCUCAUCUUCUGUCAGGUCAUGAGAACCAAGGUUUACUGAGCACAGGCCCUGGAGGGCCGCUGGUGGGGGCUUCUCUCAUAUAUCUCCCCAUCCAGUCUGUGCCAGGGCCUUGGGGCAUGUCACCCACAUCAGGACAGUUCCUCCCAGCCUCCCUGGGGCCACCCUCCUUGACACCUUUCCUCAGGUAGGGGAGGCUAAGGACCACAUGUCUACCCAUAACACUAGUCCUCAUCAAGAUGGCAGGCAGGCUUAUUUCUUUGGACCAUUUGAUGACAGACACCCCAAACCUAAACAUGAUGGAAAGAGUUCUCCAGGUUACGCAGAAGUGCUACCUCCCAGCACCACCAGUACCAACCCCCAGGCAACCAGCAGCCCACCCAGGCACCCUGUCUUGUCUGGAAACAGUUUCUUUAAAAAGACUUUUAGGUGGGGAGGGGGGGAAAUCUUUAAUUCUCAGUGAAUUGGUCCACUUGUGAGGUUG